UGCCGGAGAACGCUGCCGAGGAAGCAUCGCAAAAGUGUUUAUUCCCACUGCCGCCAUGUCGAAGUCAGAGUCUGCUAAAGAGCCCGAACAGCUGCGGAAGCUAUUCAUCGGGGGGCUGAGCUUCGAGACGAAGCAUGAGAGUCUGAGGAGUCAUUUUGAGCAAUGGGGGAUGCUCACGGACUGUGUGGUAAUGAGAGAUCCAAAUACCAAGUGCUCCAGAGGCUUUGGUUUUGUCACAUACUCAACUGUGGAAGAGGUGGAUGCAGCCAUGAAUGCAAGGGCCCACAAGGUGGAUGGAAGGGUGGUGGAACCCAAGAGGGCUGUCUCCAGAGAAGAUUCUCAAAGACCAGGUGCCCACUUAACUGUGAAAAAGAUCUUCGUUGGUGGAAUUAAAGAAAACACUGAAGAACAUCACUUAAGAGAUUAUUUUGAGCAGUAUGGGAAAAUUGAAGUGAUUGAAAUCAUGACUGACUGA